GAUCAAGGUCCAUCAUGGUGCACAGAGUAGCAGUGAUUGGUGCAGGCCCCUCUGGUCUGUCCUGCAUAAAGGCUUGUUUGGACGAGGGCAUGGAGCCAACCUGCUUUGAGAGCAGUGAUGACAUGGGUGGACUGUGGAAAUUCAAGGAAGUGUCAGAGCCCAACAGGGCCAGUAUCUACCGGUCACUUACAAUCAAUAUCUCAAAAGAGAUGAUGUGCUACAGUGACUUCCCCAUUCCCGCUGAUUAUCCCAACUACAUGCACCACUCUAAAAUCCUGAAAUACUUCCGAAUGUAUGCGGACCACUUUAAACUCCUAAAGCACAUUCGCUUCCAGACCUCAGUGAAGAGUGUGAGACAGACACCGGAUUAUUCUCGCACCGGUCGGUGGGAAGUGGUGACUGAAAAUAAAGACGGACAGGAGGAGAAGUAUGUCUUUGAUGCAGUUAUCUGCUGCUCUGGUCACUACACCUACCCUAACCUCCCACUCAAAGAUUUCCCAGGAAUUGAGACAUUUGAAGGAAAAUACCUCCACAGCUGGGACUACAAAGGACCUGAAGAUAUGUACGGAAAAAGAGUGGUGGUAAUUGGGAUCGGUAACUCCGGAGGUGAUAUCGCUGUUGAGACCAGUAGAGUUGCAGAGCAGGUGUACAUGAGCACUCGUCGUGGUGCCUGGGUCAUCCGUCAAGUUUCCGACAAUGGUGUGCCAGUCGACAUGAAGUACACCACGCGCUUCAUUCACAUCCUGUUCCAGCUAUUCCCGAUUAACUUCUUCAACUGGUUUGGUGAGAGGAAACUCAACGCCAUGUAUGACCACACCAUGUAUGCCCUAAAACCCAAACACAGGCUCUUCAGUCAGAUCCCAGUGAUCAACGAUGACUUACCGAUGAAGAUUCUCUCUGGGGCAGUCAUAAUCAAACCAAACGUGAAGGAAAUCCAUGGCUCCACUGUGGUGUUUGAUGAUGGCAGUACUGUGGAAAAGGUGGACACCCUUGUGUUUGCCACAGGAUACAAUUACGGCUUUCCCUACUUGCCAAAAAAUGCCAUGUACCUGUCUGGGCACCGUGUGGGUCUGUACAAGCAUGUAUUUCCCCCAACCCUCGAGCAUCCCACUCUGGCUGUUGUGGGUUUCAUUCAUGCCCUUGGAGCUAUUAUGCCUCAGGGUGAAAUGCAGGCCCGAUGGGUCGCACGUGUUUUCAAAGGACUUAAAAAGCUACCAUCAAACGACACCAUGGUCAAGGCUAUUGAAAAGGAUACGAAGAACAUUGAAAAAAGUUACAUCGUGUCAAAGCUGACCCCCCUGCAUGUGGAUUUUGUUUCCUACAUGGAUGACAUAGCUGGAGAGAUUGGUGUGCGGCCAAGUCUCCUCUGGCUCUUCUUCACAGACUACCCGCUGUUUAAGAGAGUUUUUUGGGGGCCCGUUUCUGCCUACCAAUACCGGCUGAUGGGACCAGGGAAGUGGGAGGGGGCCCGCAGGGCAAUCUUCACCCAGUUUGACCGCAUGUUCCAGCCUCUAAAAACCAGAAAGUUGGAAGUGGAAGAGCCGUCCACCACUCGCCGCCUGUUUAAACUGAGCUUCACUCUUAUGACUGGAGGAGCUGCCAUCUACUACUUUCAUACUCGCAACCCAGAUGUUAUCCCCACCCUGCUGUCCAACAUGCGCCCACAAAAAGUCUGAAAAAGCCGCACACAAUGAGAACUCUGAAGCACCAUCCAUCCAUUCUCUUCCGCUUAUCCUGUUCAGGGUUGGGGGGGGGUGCUAUCCCAGCUGCCAUAGAGAGGCAGGGUACACCCUGUACAGGUCGCCAGCCUGUCGCAGAGCCAACACAGAAAGACAGACAACCAUUCACAAUCACAUUCACAAUUUAGAAUCACCAAUUAACCUAACCCCACUAACUAACUCUGAAACAUACCAAAUAAAAUACAAUGCCAUAUCUACUGUGUUUGCAUCUCUUUAAAAUAUCUAGUUCAGUAUACUCCUGUUUGUACUUAUGUGAAUGAUUAAAAGAGCGACCGUCUAAGCUGCUGAUUGGUGCUGG